AUAAAUAAAGAGCUUUUUGCGCCUUUUGUAGAACAGUUUAGCACAGUUGCCCCAUAGUGUUCCUCAGAAUCACAUUGGAUUGUCCCUUGCCAUGUCCAUGGAAAUGUCUAUUAUAAUGAGACACUUUUUUAUGGGGCAGAACAUCACAAGUCAGCUGACUUUUCUGGUAAAUUUUGGUGUCUUGUGAGAAAUUUUCCAUUAAAAAUGUCCGGAAAGGAUCGUCUACCAAUCUUCCCCUCCCGAGGGGCUCAAAUGAUCAUGAAGGGACGUCUGGCGGGCGCCCAGAAGGGUCAUGGGCUGCUGAAGAAGAAGGCUGAUGCCCUGCAGAUGCGCUUCCGUCAGAUUCUGGGCAAAAUCAUUGAGACCAAAACUCUUAUGGGCGAGGUGAUGAAGGAAGCUGCCUUCUCCCUGGCUGAGGCCAAGUUCGCCACAGGAGACUUCAAUCAGGUGGUCCUGCAGAAUGUCACCAAGGCACAGAUUAAGAUUCGCACAAAGAAGGAUAAUGUGGCUGGUGUGACUCUGCCUGUGUUUGAGUCCUACCAAGAUGGGGCAGAUACGUACGAGUUGGCUGGUCUUUCUCGUGGUGGUCAUCAAAUCAGCAAGCUCAAGAAGAACUACCAGAGCGCCGUAAAGCUACUCGUGGAGUUGGCGUCUCUCCAGACGGCUUUUGUGACGCUCGACGAGGUGAUUAAAAUCACCAAUAGGCGUGUUAAUGCCAUUGAGCACGUGAUCAUUCCCCGUAUUGAGCGCACCCUCGCCUACAUCAUCUCAGAGCUGGAUGAGUUGGAGCGUGAGGAGUUCUAUCGUCUGAAGAAGAUUCAGGACAAGAAGAAGAUUGCUAGAGCUAAGGCGGAAGCCGCCAAGGCCGAAUUGCUGGCUAAAGGCAUUGAUGUGCGCGAUCAUGCCAAUCUUCUCGAUGAAGGAGACGAUGAUAUACUCUUCUAAAAGGCAUAAAUUCAGCCAUCGCUUCCUGGCAAAUUCCAUAUUCGCGUUCUGAUGUAAAUUUUCCUUUUUUUUUUGUUUUUCCUCUGUAAAUAACGGUGGACGUUCGCAGUAUUCCAGGUGAGCUCUUUUCCGGCAUACAGAAAAAAAAUUAUCUAGUUGCUGUCUCAAGAAAGAUGUUUUGAUGAAGUUAAUGGAAAAAAAUAAUAAAUGUUAGACUAUUUAAUGGUA